UAACGUAUUCGUUCAAGAAUCUUUAGUACUUAUCGAAGAUUUGGAAGAAAUUGCACUAAAUGGAAAUGAAAUUAUAUGUUUUGAUUAUCUAUACAGAUGUACUAUACAAAUUACAUGCGGUACCAUGAUGGGUAUCAAGGUGGAAAGGAAUAUAAUAGAUUUAUGGACGAAAACAACUAAAAGUAUAAGAGAUAUUUGGCGAUAUAGAUUUCGAAACAUAUACAUAAUUCCUGAUAUUAUAUUUAAUCUCACAUCUUUGGGAAAGAAACAGCGAGAAUGUAUAAAUAUCAGUCAUUCAAUCGUAGAAAAGAUGAUACAGCAAAGAACAAAUGAAUUAAGUACAAUGUCCACUAAUGGUGAUAUAUCUC